AUGCGUAAAUCAGAACCAGCUAAAAACGUACCUACGGCUACUGCCGAAAAGAAGGGACCAGCGGAGGCUCCAGGAACAUCCGGAGAGGGUGACGUUCCGAAGCAAAAGAAACCGCAGCGAUUCGAUUUCGGGAAAAGAUGGCACAAAUUUCGCGUUCUAACACCGAAUUCGGCGUUACUCCGUGGUUCUUACGCGAUGAACCAUCCCCAUUUCAAGUACAGAAGCCGGGGUCGACAAGCCGCCCCUUCAGCGGUAGUGGCCAUCGUCUACGGGCGUCUAUUCGAGCCAAGAGACUGGGUCAAAGAAUAUGUAGACCAAGUGUUAGAAAACGGGGACAAACUGUUUCGUAUAAGCGUGAUGAGGAACCGGGUGAAGGAGAACGAAUACAUGACGGCGAAACUGGUGUUUCCAGAAUUCUACAUCGCCAAUUACAAGGUCCUUGUUUGCGUGGAGGAAACGGGCAUCUAUGGCAACCUCUUCAGCGAAACCGUAGGCUGUCCAGAUUUCAGCGAUGGUCUGUCGAAAUUCUUCGAAAGCAACGAUGCUGGGGUGAUCACUGCCCAGGGUACAUCGAUAGCCAUGUGGCGACACCCUGAAAUCGGAUUCCUCUUCUUCGACCCGGCUCCCUGCGACGAAGAUGGUAUUCAUCACACAGAAGGAGUGGCCUGCGUCAUGAGAUUCAAAUGCUUGAGCGACCUUAGGGACCAUUUCCUCAAGAACAUGGACAGAAGAUACGAUUCUAGAUACUGUAUCGACAAGGUGACAGUAUUGCGAGUGAGCGAGGUCGGUCGCGGAUACGUCGAUCGUCUUCCAAGCAACAGUCGUCUGGCGAUCGACAAAAGCGUUCUCCGUGCCAUCAACCCUGUGGACAUCGAGGACAACAAGAUGGACUGCACCAAACCGGCGCCCAAAGGAGAGAAGGUGAAGGCUACCUUGACCGCCAAGAUCCACAAGGAGCCAUUGGCGAUUACCAUCUCAAACUACAGCAUCGACAGACGUUUCGCUACCGAUCCCUUGGUGGAUCAGAACAACUUUGACACCGGUUACACCUACGAGGCGAUGCACUUCAACGUGCCAUCGACUUUCAGGGAGAUGGCUGGGAACAUGGCCAUCCUCCAUGGAUUGACCCACGAGCACAGCGAUAUGUACAAGGGCAAGGGAGCACAGAACGUGGCCAACUGUGUGAUGGCUAUUGCCAUGAAGAAGGUUCACCCUGUGAAAACCUGGCUGAGGCCAAAACUCGACGAGAUCCUGGCAUUGGGAGACACCGUGUUCGCUGAAAUUAAGUCUGCCAAGCCGAUGAUGAGGACCAUGACUGCGUCCGAUUUGAACGAUGCUAAAAUUGAAGUGGAGGACAGGAAAUUAGUGGUAGACGUGGACUUGAUCACUGUUACAGGCACGAUCACUUCUAAGAUCCCAGAGGUGUUGAAUUUGAAACAAGCGUUGGAGGAAUUCUUCUUGGUUAACAGCGAAGGGGCGAUCGAAUCAUCCGCCAUGUCCGUGGCGAUCUGGAGCCAAGACGACAUGUUCUACAUGUUCGAUCCUCGCCAGUGUGACUCUAUCGGCGUUCGAAUUCGCGAUGAGAAAGGUGGAAAGGGUAAACAGGACGAUGAAGAAAGAAAGAAAGGGAACUGUUGCGUGAUAAGAUUCCCCAGUACCGACGCGUUGGCUGCUCUGUUCGUGAAAAACGUGGAGCAUGCUAAAAAGAACGAUCGCUUCACCAUCAGGCACAUCACGAUUUUGGACGAUAUACCUGGGACCAGACCUUGGCACGACUUCCAGCCUGGUACCGCAGGAGAGACCUGGGUCCUACAAGGUACCAUCUCUAACGAAGACGAAGAGUUCGAAGACGAGAGUCGAGGCGUUCAAGGACUUGCUAUGUCGGUCAUAGCUCUGGUCAGCGCGAAAGAAACACCGCCUACGAAAUGGACCAACGAGACAGUGGACAUCGCGGUUCGAGAAGGGGACGAUUACUAUAACUGGUGCAACCCCGUCACGGAAGUAGAGGCUGAAACCGAGCGUUUCUUCUUUGUGCCGAACUUAAAGAAGAAUUUGUACUUCAAGAACCGAAAGGUCAAGAUAGACGUGGAGGAAGGAACGGUCGUAGGUGAUGUAACUGCACCAGCCGACAGUGAUAUUCCGAAUUUGGCAAAAGGUCUGAAGCAGUUCUUCGAGAACCAUCAAUACGGUAUCGUUGACGUGAAGAGUAUGAGCGUAGCUGCGUGGAAGGUCGAAGAGGACGUGAAAGUGAAGGACGAAAUAGUGAAACAGAACGUCUACUACUGUUUCGAUUCGAAUCCGAGAAACAGUCGAGGUUUCUGGUCGGAAGAAGAAGUAGAGGAGAACGUAGCCUGCGUGAUUCGAACCUUGGACCAUUCGGUAUUAGCGAAAAUAAUUGAAACGAACGCGGGCCAGGAUCAGGAACACGGCAACGAGUUCUCCAUUCACGACAUGAAGAGUAUCUCGAUCGGUGCUGAGAUGACCGAUGAAGAGAUCGAAGAGGACAAGCAGAUCCCAGUGAAACCUGAUCUGCGCAACUACCACAGCAUAGGCGAUACCGGAGCCGUGUUGUUGGGUAGUUUCAACCAGGGCAACGAAGUGAUGUUCAAACGUCAAACCAGGGACAAGCAACAGGCGGCAACUGCCCUGGCAGCUAUGGCGAUGACGAAGCUGUAUAAUCCUCAUCUCUGGUACAGAGAGGUGGUCGAUGAUAUUCUGAAGCUGGGUGACAAGAUCGCCCAGGAUAACAUGGAGAACCUUGCGGAAGAAGGUAUGGAGGGAGAGGAACCAAGGAACUAUCUCCUCCCUAGCGAGAUCAGCGAGGAUUUCGCAGUAGGAGUGAAUCGGAUAUACGUAGCCUUGGAAGAGGAGAGUACUUCCGGCAAGAUGAACGAAUUGGCCACCCAAUUAGAAACUUUCUUCGAAUCGAAUGCCAUGGGUGUAUUCAGACAGGCCAACGUGAUGAUGCCUAUUUGGAGGGAGUCCGAUGUAUUCUUUCUAGUGGAUCCCAGAGGAAGGGAUUCCAGAGGAGAACCUCGAGAAAAGGACGGCGUGGCCGCGGUAAUGUGGUUCACCGAUAUUCCAUCAUUGGUCGCUGCGAUCGAACCGGUUGCCACCGGUGAAGAUUUCGUCCUCGACGUCGUCACUCUGGAUAACGCGUACGAAACGCGUGUAGCCGAAGAGGAACGCCCGACGAGACCAGCUGCCGGGGAAAAUCCGUGGUACCAUUUCCCUAAAAUGUCCGAGGGGGUAUGGAGCAUCAAUGGUACCGUCAAGAUGGACGAUCCUAGGUUCGAAGAAGCAAAUCGCAACACCCAAACAGCAGCUAUUGCGGUGAUGGCUAUCGUUUUCUCAAAGGUCUACGAGCCACGGUAUUUGACGCAGGCUGUGUUGGACGAGGUGAUCGUAACUGGUGAUAAAUUGCACUCCAAGUGCGUGGAGAGACUCGGAGUAGAUUCCGCGCCGAGGAUUAAUGAAAUAAUGACGGAAUUUUUUCUCUCCACUCGCCGUAUCAAUCUGACGAUCAAAGAUUGCGUGGAGGCUGGCAGUCUGACCGCUAAACCGCCCAAGGUCCAAGAUUUGAACGCGGGAAUUAACAAGUUCUUCGCACGGUACACUUCGGGAGCGUUGACCGUUAGCGGGGUUAAGAACAUAGCCAUCUGGAAGUUCGACAAUGAAUACUAUGCCUUGAUUCCUGACUAUGGUGUCAACGUGCAGGAAGAAAUCGCGGGUUCACCCAAGUUGCUGCGUUUUGCCAGCAUCGACAUUCUUAUGGAGCAUCUUCAGAACUACUUGGGAACCGAAGGAGAUUACGAACUGAUCGCGAUAGAUGUAGUUAAUUGGAACAAGUUUCCUCCAUGGAAAUUCGACCCCAGUUCCGCAGUUCGCCCUUCGAACCUACCUCCCUUGAACGCCUACAGAAGAGUCCAAGGCGAAGCUCGAGCGAUUCUUCGGGGUACCUAUCACCAGGGUGACGAGGUCUUUCCGGAAACGUUGCGGAACAAGCAGACAGCUGCGAAUUGCGUCGUGGCCCUUGGAAUGUCCGUGGUGAAGAACCCGAUCACCUGGACGAAGAAGACGAUGGACGAGAUCCUGGUGAUCGGCAUCAACGUUCACCGGCAAACGCAGAAGGCCAAGCCGACCAUAACUCGCAUCAAGCCUAAAGACAUCAUCAGAGUGUUCCACGUGGGGGUGAACAUCCUGACAGCGGACAUAGAAACCGGUACGGUGUCCGGUUUAGUGGCGAUUCCACCUCCGGCCCCGGAAGACAAGAAGAAGAAGAAAAGGCGCGGAGGCACGAGGAGGGCGAGAGGUGGCCGAGGGAAGAAGAGCAGAAGGCCUCAGAGAAUACGCGCACCUCCUCCACCUCCGAUUCUUUUGGAAGAUGGCGUUCGAAAGUUCUUCGAGAAGAACCGGGCUGGAAUUCUGGUGACCGAUCGAGGAAUGGUGACCAUUUGGAAGGACUUGGGAGUUUAUUUCAUGUACGACCCCAGAGCCCGUAGCGAUCAAGGUUUGCCCGAUUUCUAUGGCACUUCCUGCGUCAUGUGGUUCGCGUGCAUCGAGCCUCUCUACGAGGUCCUCUUCGCCAACAUCGACGAUCAAGAGAAGUACGGUCGCUAUGAGAUCUGCAGGGUCAUCAUCAAGACCGCUAUGAUAGAACCUCUACCUUGUCCAGCUGGAUUCAGACCGUACUUCGAUUGCACGACUUCGCCCAUCCCGAUGACUCCUAUGAAGAGAAACACCACCUUGGACGUGGAGACCGUCACCGACUACAACAUGGUAGACGAAGAGCUAAGCAUUCUUCGAGGAAGACUGCACAUGCACCACCGUACCUGGAGUCCCAUCAGUCGUGGCUUCCAAAGUACAGCGAUAGCUGCUGUGGCCAUCGUAGUGGGACUUCUUCACGUUCCCUCAACCUGGACACCCGAAUUAAUCGACGCGAUCCUGAGAUACGGCGAUCUUCUGCACUCGGACAGUGUACGCGCUGCUCGUCCUGGCUACAGGAAUCUGUCACCUAGCGAACUGUUAACCGUCUUCAUCGUCGGUGACUUCAGAGCCACAAUACACGUCCACAAUCAUACCACCGCCGGUAUUCUUCAUACGUUCGAUCUUUCCGAAUCUUUGACUAUGUUCUUCCGCUCGAAUUGCGCCGGGAUUCUUCAUACAACCAACAUGGCCGUGGCGGUGAUGCAACAUUACGGGAAAUUCUAUCUGUUCGAUCCUUGCGCGAGGAAUAAUCAAGGGAGACCGAGUUUCGAUGGCACUGCUUGCGUGAUGAAGUGCGAGAGUAUCAUGAAAAUGGCCUCCAUGUUCGUAAGCAAUUGCAACCUGAAGACACCGAACGUGUACACUCUGAACGCGGUGAACGUGUUGAAUCUGUACUUCUUCUCGGACGCCAAGAGCGGCUGUCCACCUAAAUGCGAGCAAUGA